AUGGUUACGCAGAUAGUCGACGGCCGUAGACAGCGUGGAAUCUUCAUCCAGCGUCCUGGGACAACUUACUUCCACAUCAUCUGGAAUUCACUUUGGGGUGACACGGCUGACGCAUCGGGUCGGAGUUCCAUAAUUCGAGAUUCUACUGUCAGAGAUAGGCUUGAUCGAAACGACCAGCCACCAACUUAUGAGCCCGUGGAAUUCAAAGAGCAUUGGAUCAACACAGGCAGUGGAGUCUGGCGUAGGAAGCUUGAGCACUGGCAUUCAACACAAUGGGGCAUCAACACACACAAACAAGUCGACAAGUCAUCUGGACCAGAUCCCAAUCCAAACCUGACAUUUACCUGUAAAAGAAUGCCGAGACAGCCAAAAGACCGCACAGAAGCCGCCCUCGAUACUAUCUGCAGAAAUAUCGCGCUGAACCUGCUUUUCCACCAGCGAAGACACAAGUGUACCUGCGACCUUCGCUUCCUGCGUCUCGGCCGCGUGGAUUUGGCUUUCAACGAUCCUGCUGCACAUCGAUGCUCAGACAGGACUCUGCGUAUCGAGCAGAUACUACCCGGAAAGACCGUGAUUGAUUGGAUCCAUUUGCACGAUGCGCUGUGCUACUGCUGCUGCUUCUCUUCUGGAGUCAAUUGGCCCACUCAUCUCUCCAGUCCACAACCGAACCACGAUGACCAGGGCGCCAGUGGCAAUCUCCGCAAAGCAACACACUACAGGCGUGUAAAAGAUCCAACCGGAGUGCUGCGCAGAUCGAGCAACAAUACACUGGGUGUUGUGUAUUGGUUGUGGAGAUGA